AUGGCAUCAGUCGGUAGCAGAUGUAAGGGAGAACACGUUAGUGCUCAUCAAGAAAGAGAACCUACCACCGUUGAAAUGGCCCCUUGCAAGGAUUAUCAAAGUGCAUCCGGGUUCCGAUGGUCGAAAAGGGUGCCUAGGAGGAAGAGACAAAGAAUAAUGAAUUACGUAGAAGAAACGGUUGAAAAGUAUGAUGAUAGGGAAUUUAAAGGUCAUUUCCGAUUGUCUAGAAAAACUACCACGGAUUUAAUUGGUAAGCUUGUUUUUCUGAAUUUUCUUAGCUCGUAUUUCAACAAUAUAAUUUCAGAUUUGUUUAACCAAUCCGAUUUCAAUCCGAAAUAGUCAUCUGGUCGACCAAAUGUUUAUGCCAAGAAAACGGUACUGUUGUCCCUUUGGUACUUGGGAAACAGAAAUUCGUUCAGGGAAGUAUCAGAUAGAUUUGGGGUGGCCAUUGGAACUGCAGAUGGCUGUCUGACUCGGUUCCUGAACUCUCUCAUGUGCAUCAAAGGUGAGCACAUUGUUUGGCCGAAUGAACAACAACGACUUGAAAUUUCAAGAAUGUUCACCAAAAAUAAUGGAUUUCCUGGUGCUAUUGGAGCCAUCGAUGGAAGCCACAUCGAAAUCCCAAAACCCGAUAAAAAUCAGGACUCCUAUAUCAACAGAAAAGGUUACCAUAGUCUUUUAUUGCAAGGAGUGGUUGAUCACAAUAAAAAAUUUAUAGACGUUUUCUGUGGAGAACCAGGAUCGUUGCAUGAUGCUCGAUUGUUAAGAAGGUCGGCACUCUAUGCAACGAUCAGUGACAAUCCAGAUUUCAUUGGAGAAUAUUACUUAUUAGGGGAUUCUGCAUACCCUAAUUUGGAUUGGAUUGUGACACCAUACCCAGAUACAGGAUUUCUCAGUGAAAACCAAAAGAUUUUCAAUCAACGACUUUCAUCAAAGAGGGUUGUGCUUUUGGAUUGCUGA